AAAGCAAACCCACACAAAAAGAAGAAAGGAAAGGAGCAGAAUGAUUUGUUUUGUUUUGAUAAAAUACCAAAUGGAAACCUUAAGAAAUAAUUAAGAAGAGACCUACCUUCCAAUUUCAUUACGUUUAAUGGUCUCAAGCUUUCUAUUUCCACCACAAACCAACCAUAGCUGGCCAAGUCUGGAAAGUUUUCAAGCGAACAUUGCUGAGAAACCUUAUAGAGUUGGGGGGGCUCCUCUUCGAUGGAGUUAGGGGGGAACCUGCAGAAUCUCGUUGAGAGAGCACGGGUUUUGCAUGAUCGGCUCAAUGAAGAGAUCGAGAAAAUUAACAGCUCCUUCUGCAGAUUCUGUUCAGAACAUGGUCGCUAUUGUAACAUAGUGGAGACCCCAUUUCAGGAGAAGGAAGGAUUGAUUUCCAUCAAAGAUUCAUUGAAGAAAGUAGGGAACGCCCUUAUGCUUUUACAGUGCACAAGAAAAUAUUCAAGAUCCAACUACAUCAAGAGAUUACGAUCAUGGCAGCCGAUUGAUAGGCAAGAGUCUCUUACACGUUUAGAAGAAAGCAGGUUAACUCUCAUGGAAAAGAUAGCACAGUAUCAAGGAAGACCACUUGGUGUGGUGGAAGAACUGAACGCAUGUUUUAGCAAUGGAGAGACUGCUUUUCACAGGAAGUUGAGGGAGACAAAGAAGAUCAAAGGUGAUUCUGAUAUCCGAAAUGAAAAGAGGAGGGAAAAUCCUGGUUUUUGUUGGAUUAGAAUGCUAUUCAACCCAUGGAAGUGGAAAAGAGCUGCUGGGGUUACAGCAAAAUUGAUUUUGAUUUCAGCUAGCAUUUCAUCUACAGCAAGAUUCUGCCAGGGUGGGCUUUUUUCUUGCAGUUCACGAAGAAAAGUCCUUUCAUUGCUGAAACCCAUAGAUCCAAGAACAAAAGAAAAUAGCACAGCAUUAUCCCUCUCAAAUAGUCCUCUAGAUGUUUUUUAUGGCAGGGGAUGAAUUCAUUAUUUGCUGAAAA